AUGGACCGGACGCCGUCGUGCUGUUCGCAACCGGUGGCCGCGGCGGCGGCCGUGUACAACUACGGCGUGGCCGGGGCGACAGUCGGCGGUUACGCUUCGUCGUACGACGGCCACCCGAUGUCCACGCCGUCGUCAUCGGCGGUCGGCGUGACGACGGUGGUGGACGACGGCCAAGGGUGUUUCUGUUGCGACAGCGACGACGACAGCGUGGAACGGGCGCGCGUGGCCCACGCCAAGCGUAAGUGCUACAAGAGCUGUCUGCGGAACGCGUUCGUGUGCGCUCUGCUCGUGUCGUACACGUUCGCGGGCGCGCUGAUAUUCCUCAGCAUCGAGGGCGACGUGGACGCCGCGGACGCCGUGGACGUGGACGACGGCGGCGGCGGCGGCGGCAGUCCUGUCCGGGAAGCCGGCCUGAUGCCCGCACAACCGCAGAACCUGACGGCCGCCUGGCUGGCCGCGGCGGCUGCGGGCGAAGAGAGCCGCGCCCGGACCGUGGAGACCAUAUGGGAGAUAACGGUCAACUUGAACAUACUGUACCGGGAGAACUGGACCAGGCUGGCCGCGCAGGAGCUGAACCGGUUCCAAGAGGACCUGAUACGCCGCCUCACGCAGCAGAUGGAAAUCGAAUCGGCCGCGGUCAGCUAUCACGCCGGCGUCGGUGGCAGCUUCAUCGUCGACCACGGCGGUGAUACCGGAGACAGCACUUUCGAAUGGAACAUGGCCACAUCGUUCCUGUACUGCCUGUCCAUACUCACCACGAUCGGAUACGGAAACAUCACACCGAAGACCGCUAUAGGUAAAAUGGUUACAAUGGUGUACGCGUUGAUUGGCAUCCCAUUGAUGUUAGUGUACUUAUCAAGCAUUGGCGGUCUGUUGGCGUGGUGUGCCCGAGGAAUAUUUACCAGGUCGUUGUGCUGUUGUCUGUGCUCUAAAUGCGGUUACUGCUGUUACGACGAGAAGCUGAUGGAAGAAAAAGAGCGGCGGAUGAAACUGAAACGCGAGCGGAAGGAGUACGACAUGCAAAUGAAAACGUUCUCCGGCCACGCGCUCGAACCGUACUAUGUGCGGCCGGGCGACGCGGACGACGUGUUCCUAAGGGUGUCCGACCGGGCGGCGGCCGCGACGUCGGCGGCCACGUCGGUGUCUGAUUCGGCGUCGGCGGCGGCCGCGGAACUGGCCGCGGACAGCGCCAGUUUCGUGCCACUGCUGUUGGUCGGCUUCGCGUUCAUGUCGGCGUACAUCGGAUGCGGCGCGGCCGUCCUGUACCGGCUAGACGCCGGCGGCAAGUCGUACCUGGACUGCGUGUUCUUCUGCUUCAUGUUGCUCAGCACCAUCGGCUACGGCAACUCGCGGUCAAUGGACGUGACGCUCACCGGUACGGCGACCGUUUGGUUCUGUUCCGUGUACAUACUGUCCGGCAUGGCGCUGACAGCCAUGUGCUUCAACAUCGUUCACCACGGCGUGUCCACCAAACUCAAGACGCUCUACCGGCCGGCGACCGCGCAGACGGGUGACGGUGGCAGCGGCAUUAACCCAGUGGUACAGCAACAGCGGCAGAAACGCGAAGACUGCGUGGUCGGUGGCUGCGGGGGCAGUAUAAGCGAUCUGACGUUGUCGUCGCGCGGCGCCGCCUCCAGCACCGCCGCCGCGGCCGCAAAGUCCUGACACGCGAAAC